CCGGAAUGCCCAGCCACACUCCACUGCUGCAGGUCCUCCUCGGACCUGCGCUCUUGCACGCGGGCAUAGCGCCCGAGACACUUUCCUUCGUUUUUGGCAGCGAGGGAUCCCUCCUCUCGGAUCUGUGCGGGCGGCUCGUCUGCUGGUGCGCCUUUUAUGCGCUGAUCCACAUCUUCUACCACAUCUUUGCUCCGGGCGUUCGGGCCUUCUGCGAGAGGUGGUACCCCGACGCACCGACGAGUGCCGUGCCGCAGAAGCUGGUCGACAAUAUGAUCGAGGUGUCGCACGCGGCCUUCCCGCUGUACGUGACGGUGCCGCUGCUGACCGACUUCUUCCAGGUGAAGGGCUGGUCGCAGGCGUGCGGUGGCAUCGACGACUGCGGCGGGCCGGCGCGUGCGCUGCUCGGCUGCGCCGCCUACUUUCUGCUGCUCGAGUUCAUCAUCUUCGUGGACCACUACUACCUGCUGCACAAGUGGAGCGUGGGGAAGCGGCUCGGCCAGCACGCCUUCCACCACGUGUACAAGUACGCCGACCAGCUGAACGCGUACUCUGGGUACUCGUUCGCGCCGCAGGACGGCUGGUCGCAGGGGAUGGCUCUGCCGCUCGCGACGCUGCUGGUGCCUGUGCCGAUCGGGUUCGUGUACCUGAUGGAGGUGCUCACGGGGCUGUGGACGCUCUACAUCCACACGGACCUCUUCCCGCUGCCCUGGCCCUUCAUGGGAUGCGACUACCACUACAUCCACCACCGAUACAACUGGUACAACUUUGGCUUCAUGACUCUCCUCUUCGACUCCCUCUUCCGCACCGUCAAGCACCCGCGGCACGACGCUCUCGCCCUCUCGCGCGGCGAGCUGCCGAUGCCAAAGCUCGACCUGCUCCGCUCCGCAGAGCUCUCCUCGGCCAUCCUCGCAAAGAGGGGACGUGAGGCGCUGCAGAGCGACGACGCGAGCGAGAGCGCCGCGGCGCGCAAGGCCGAGUAGCGGCCGGGCGCGAGUGCGCCCGCGACUGUGCCUCAGGCCUUCUGAUCUGCAUCUGGUAUGACCAGCCUCAGCUGUUUCACCCCCCGCGCGCGCAGCAUGUACACCGCUGCGCGUUUGUUGGGUAGAGUUACGCGUCAACAGUGCCAUGCCCGAGUGCAAAGAAAAGAAAG